UCCCCCUGUGUAUUGUUGCUCUUUCAUGUCCUUCACUUUGUCCCUCCCUCUUGAUCCCUCCGUCACUUUUAUUGCACUUUCUCAACAGUCCUCUCAAUUUCUGUUUUGUCCCUUUUGCAGAAAACUGGAAUGUACCAAAGUCACACCAAAGACACCAACAACAACUGCAACAAAAGCCUUCUCUGUGAUCACAAGCAAAAGCUUGUCCAGGCUAUUAAAAGGAUCAAGCAUGAGGUCGAUGAGUGCAGAGAAGCAGAGACAGAGACGUACAUAGAGUCAGUGGAAGUAGAGAGCAGGUUUGAUGACCUGGAACGAGAAAUCCGAGCCGAGUUUCAGAACCUCCAUCGUUUCUUGGAUGAGGAGGAGUGCAAGGACCUGGAGCGACUGAGGAGGGAGAGACAGAAACAACUGAAGCAGCUGAAGGAGAGAGAGAAGAAAAUAGCAGAGCAGGGGAAAGACCUGGAAAGAGCAAUCACAGUGCUCAACAGCAAACUGGCUGAGGAGGACAGUCCUACGCUGCUCAAAGAAAUUCAAGAUCUUAUAAAAAGGCAGGUUUCCUCAAACAGGUCUCAGGUUAGCUUUGUUCUUCCAGCGGAAGUGGACACUGAGGUGCGCUCUGGCCAGUUUGUGGGGCCCAUCCAGUACAGGAUAUGGAAGAAUAUGAAAAGCUGCCUCUACCCAAAUAUUACAUCCAUAACCUUUGACCCUGAGACAGCCCACCCUAAUUUGUCGCUGUCCCAGUCUUGCACCUCAGUAUGGUUUGAGGAAGAUAAAGACACAAAGGAUUGCCAGACCAACCAGCGACAGUUCCACUACUAUUACUGUGUGUUGGGCCAUCGGGGCUUCACCACAGGGCGACACUACUGGGAGGUGGAGGUGGGUCAUAAGACAGCAUGGAGGUUGGGCGUUGCACGAGAAGAUGUUCCAAGAGGGGAGAUGGCUGCUACAGGCACUUCCAGUGGCCUAUGGACCCUGGCCCUGAAGGGCGGAUCCAUCCUCGCCUGCACCGACCCAAAACCCACCAAAAUCAAAGUGUCUGUAAAUCUUGUCCGCAUCGGUGUGUUCUUAGACUGUGAAAAGGAGGAGGUAUCUUUCUAUAAUGCUGUUACCAUGGCACCAAUCUAUACCUUCACCAUGGAAACGGUCAUGAUUCCUUUGUUCCCCUUCUAUAACCCAUGUGACACAGAUGAUGGAAAGAACACAGCGCCAAUUAAGAUGUUUAGCCCUUCACUAUAAUAAGGAAACGUUAUCACCAGCUUGAACACUGAUGGUCCAUUACUAAUUGUUCAUUUUACACUAGUUGUAUUAUUAUUACAUCUAGGGCUAAUUUCGAGCUGAAUGACAAGUCAAUUAAUCGGAUAGUCCAUCAAAAGAAAACUAUUUUGAAUAUCAGUUAAUUGCUUGAGUAAUUUUUCAACAAAAAGUGCCAAACAUUGGUGGGUUCCAGCUUCUAAAAUUUGAGGAUCUACUGCUUUUCUUGUGUCUUAUGCAAAAAUAAACUGAAUAUUUUGGGGAGUUUGACUGUUAUCUCGGACAAAACAAGCCAUGGCAUCACCAUGGCUUUGGGGAAUUUGUGAUGGACAGUUUUCACUAUUUUCUGACAUUUUAUAGACAAAAUGAUUAAUUGAUUCACGAGUAAAAAAUUGACAGAAUUAUUGAUAAUGAAAAUAUUAAUUAAUUGC